UUUGAACAUAUGAUAUCAAUUUUUGGCGCCUUUCUUACAUUUGGUUCCCUCCACAAUAGCAUAAUAAUACGUAAUAACCGUAAUACCUACUCAUAAUAUUAUUCAAUUAUUGUAUUAUUUUUGAUUUUUGCAUCUUCUUGUUCGGUAUUCCUUUUCGUUAUUUGAUAAAUGGUUAUUCAAGUUUUCGACACAAAUACAUGUAUAUUAUACUGUUUACUACAACCGUUAUAGUAUAACGAAUAAAGGAGUACGUGUUUGUAUGUUGAACAAAUAUUAUACAUUCCAAAUUUUCAACUGUCUACAUAAAAUAUUAAUGAAUAAAUUGAAGCCGUCGUAAUUAGUUUUCAAAAUGUUUAAUGAAUCGGAGUUGAUAACACAUUUCGAUAGUAUAUACAAUUUCGUCGAAGUAUUAGCUUUGAAGAGUGUCCGUGAAAUUCAAAUACCAGUAUGCAGUUCUCUCAUUCAACUAACCUCAACAGAUUGCCUUAAAUUGAUGAAAUAUGAAUUGGAUAAAUGCUCCAAUCAUAAUGAAUCAACUAUGGAAAGAAUACUUAUAUUUUAUUUAGUAACAGAUUACAUAGGCUGUGGAUUAUCUUCUCCAGAGUUUCAUACUGUAUUUCAUAAAUAUCUUAACACAGAAACUUCAAAGAUAAAACUUUUAAAAGAUUUAGUAAAAACUUGGGAUAAUUUAUUCAAAAAUUAUAAAAUUUCAAAUAUUAAUUUUAUUAAAAAUUUGAUUGUCGGUUUGGAACGCAUUUUUUUGAAAAUGUCAAUUUUAGUUCCUGAUGAUCAUAUCAAAUUUAAAUGUAAUAAAGUUAUGGGUAAAAUUAAUUAUUACAUUAAGGAGUAUGAGAAAAAUAUUUUAGUUAAUGAUACUUUAAGUAAUAAUACUAUGCAAAAACUAUUUACCUUUGAUAAGAAUAGAGUUUUAGGCAUUGAAAAUAUAGUUCCAACAGUAUCAGUUAAAUCAGAAGUGAAUCAUUCUAUCCAAAAUCUUGUUCAACAAAAUAAGCGGAAAAAAGAAGUUAUGGAAAAAAGUAUAGAGCAUAAUAUGACUUUAAAUAAUCUACUACAAAAAACUAAUAUGGAUCUUCAAAAGCAUAAUUUUGAAACUUUAAUUGAUAACCAUUUUCCAAAGAAACCAAAAUUAAUGUCAAGUGAUGUGCUAAAUAGGAGUACCACAACAGAUCCUGACAACAUUACAAUAAUACCUUACGAACAAAAGAAGCUCAAUGCUUUUCAAAUAAUGAUGCUCAAUGCUAAAAAACAAAAAACAAAAUUGAAAUAAAUUUACAUAUUAUACUUAAGAUUUUAUACAAUUAUGAUUUUAAUGUAUUAGAAAGUUUCUCAUUUAUAUAUAUAUUUUUUUUUGUUACUAAGGUUGUAAUUUUAAUUAAUAUUACUUAACAAUCAGAUCAUUUAAUUAUUAAUAGUAUGCAUUAUAUAUUGGAUUAGAUAUGAAAGCAAUGCAUACUACCUACAUAGUUAUUUUUUUUCUAUUACAUAUACUUUGUAUAUAAUUAUUUUAUGUGAUUAUGAAGUGUACUAUUAUUAUUAAAUACCGUUAUUGGUUUAAAAA